CUUGAGCCUCGCGCGCUGCCGUCCGGGAGAACGCGACGGCCCCGCUCGGCCGCGGCCCGGAGAUCGGUGCGCCCCGCCGCAGUGGCUCUUCCUUCGUCGCCAUGUCUACAGUGACGAAGGCCUCCGGCGCGCUCAAAUCGGUGGAUUACGAAGUUUUCGGACGAGUGCAAGGUGUCUGUUUCAGGAUGUACACAGAAGAGGAAGCUAAGAAAUUAGGAGUGGUUGGCUGGGUUAAAAACACCAGUCAAGGAACUGUAACAGGCCAAGUUCAAGGCCCAGAGGAUAAAGUAAAUGAGAUGAAGUCAUGGCUGAGUAAAGUUGGAAGCCCAAGUUCUCGCAUAGAUCGAACGAAUUUUUCCAAUGAAAAGGAGAUUCCAAAGCUUGAUUUCACCGGAUUUAGUACUAGAUACUAAAAGAAGAAAGUAUCACUAAGAACUAAACUAAAAAGUUUUUGGUGCAUGUUUUCUUGUGUGCCUCAAUAAAAUGGCACAAGAGCAUUUGGAUGCUUUCUGUAUUAGAGAAAAAUAUAAAUGAUCCCUGUUCACACAAAGUAAGAAUUCUUAGUUGCUGUGUUUGAUGUUUUUUUACAACGUGAAUGUCAACAUCUAGUAUCUAAAAUGCCAAUAUCUAAUAUAUUGCAUCUUGAAAGCCAAAUAAAUGGUUAAAAG